AUGCUGAGUUGGUCGAUCACAUCUGUCAGGCCGGCGAUCUUGGCACAUUCUCGAGCCUUUCCUGGGAAAAACAAAGGGAAGCCACAUUUCAUCUGCUUUAAAAAGGAGUGGUUCUUGUUGCUGAAACUAUCUGAAACUUGUCUGCUGUUGCCCCCUCUUCUACCGCUGGCUUGGUUAGUAAAAAAGAUGCCUACUUCCGUUUUGAGCACAAGAGUGGAUGCAGUAGAUGAGAUGAUGGCAGAUGCUAUGGAGCAGGCAGAUCAGGAUGCUGAAGGCAUAACUGAUCAGGCGAAUGUCGAAGAGGCUGUAACUCAGAGGUGUCCUACUGGCGCCUCGGAGUAG